AAUUAUUUUAUUAUUUCAUUGUUUCCUUAUUCACCUAGAUCAUCUAGAUGGUUCAUCUAUAAUAUUAUCAUGUUAAACUUUGAACCACUAACAUCAAAAUAAAGAUCAUCUCAUUCACUACUCCAUAUAUAAACAUAUCAUAUUGAGUCUACUCGGGCCGAGACUUUCUUAUUCACUGUCCUUCAAUAUGGCACUACCGAGAUAUACGGCUUUAUCCUCAUCUUCUUAAACUUUCUUAAAGUAUUUGUCUAUAAAAUAGAUCUGAUUCUGUUCUUGAUAAACAUCAAAAUCAACAAUUACGCAACAUACAAGUCUUUUCAUCAAUACCGUCCAUCCCAUCUCACAUUUUGAGCUCGCUUAUCAUUAUGACUUCAGAUUCACCAAUCACUUUGUUCCUUCAACCUUUGGAUGUUGACAUAAAUAAGAUUCAUGCACUAGCUAGGAGUCUUUGUGAGACAUUUAAGAAGUUGGCAAAGGAAUCUACAAAUCAGUUUUUGCAAACUCCUAUCUCUGAAGAAGUGUUAAGACCAGAGAAAGAGAAGGAGGGAAGAUAUUUGGCAGUCGAUAUGUGAGUUCACAAAGAUCAGACUGAAAGAAUCCUGAAACUGACAUACAACAGCGGAGGUUCAAAUUUGAGAGCUGGAUUUAUUGAGCUUUCCGGAUCGUCUACUGAAGGUGGUGUGAUAUUGCCAGGUGAAAUUAAUAGACUUCUUGAGAAGUCAUGGCAAAUUGGUGAAGAUCACAAAUCGAAUAAUGCAUAUGAGCUAUUCGUAUGGAUUGGAAAAUGUAUUGCGGAAGUUGUUCAGGAUGGAGUCGAUAAAUGGGGUUUACAGCUGCCUUCUGAAUUACCGAUGGGCGUGACCAUGAGUUUCCCAAUGAUGUUUGAUAUCCCCUUUCCUGUCUUUAUGGAACGAUCACUAACAUUUGAACAGCCAAAAAUCAUUGUCAGAAGCAAUCUUGAUGUCUAUGGGCAAGGGAUUUGCUAUAACCUCAAAUCUGAAUCUUGGCCAGCAGCUUCUAAAAGGCUACGAAAUAUCAUCCAAGCCCCAUCUUCCCCGCAUCAAAAUAACCGCCAUAGUGAAUGAUUCCGUGGCAACUCUAAUAUCAUUCGCCCAUCAACAUCGACAUACACUGCAUCAAAAGCCCUCCAUGGGCCUAAUCGUCGGUACUGGCUGCAAUGCCACUAUACCCCUCUCAAUAUCCAAGCUCCAUUCCACCAAACAACCCUCUGCUAUCCUCAAAUCCGAGGACCACAAACAAAACGACACCAAGAUCAUCAUUAACACAGAAUGGUCUAUCAACGGCACCGCUCCUCCCCUCAGCGCCCUUAACUUCAUCACAAAAUGGGACACUAUUCUCGACGCCAACAGCGAAGCCCCAGGUUUCAUGCCCUUCGAAUACAUGACUGGCGGCAAAUACCUCGGUGAACUAGGCCGUCUCAUAAUCUUCGACUAUUUCACCACCCAACUCCAGCUACCCGUGGAGACAAUCCCUCUUGUUCUCCGCAAACGCAAUGCACUGGAUGCAAGUGUUCUUGCCAAAGUAGGAAGAGAAGACCAACUAUGUCAACCACUCGAUCUCGCAAUGCCAUUCCCAGUAGAUCCAAACACCGGCAAACAAAAAAAAUGGACACCCGAAAUGGCAGACAUCAUAGUGCAAGUAGCAAAAACCAUCCAAAAACGCGCAGCAGGCAUGCUAGCAGCCGCAAUAAUCGGACUCCUAACCACAGCCAACGAAAUCCAUCUGUCCUCGUCAAGCUCCCGACCCAACUCCUCCUCCAACACAAGCUCCUCAGAAGCUUCCCAACCCACCAAAUCUACGCAACCCUCCGACAACAUCACAGAACUCUUCGUAGGUUACACCGGCUCCUGCAUCUCCCAUUUCCAGGACUACCUUGCAGAUUGCCAAGCAUACCUCGACGAUAUCAUGCGCAAGGAACAUGGUCCCGAUAAGGGCGGAAAGAGAAUCGUGCUUGAAGCUUGUAUGUACGGUAGUAUUAUUGGAGCGGGGAUUUUGGCGGGGACGGUAGAGGGUAUGGAGGAGGAAAAGAAAAAGUGUGGUUGAGGAUGCGGCGGAGGGAGUGGUGGGCUAGUUUGUAGAAUUUUGUGAUUUUCCCUGUGAGGUUCCGGCGGGAAUGAGAAUGAGAAUG